AUGUAUCAAGGGUUUGGUGAUGUGACGGCUGGACUGAAAGCCUACCACUGGCUUUUCCUCGCUCAACCAGACCCCUUCCCCGAAACAAUGAUUCAGGGUACCGAUAAUGGCAAGCACUUCUUAGAACAUACCCUCGCAAGUUGGACGAGGAAAAAGACACUUGACGACUUUGAUGAGAGGGCACUCGAGGAGUACAGAAACGCGUACUGCAACAAAACAAGGAUUCAUAGCACCUGCGAGGAUUACAGAGCUGGAGCGUUCCUGGAUAGGGCCUAUGACGAGAAGGACUUGGAAAAGGGAAAUAAGAUACAGACUCCGAUGUUGGCGGUUUGGGGCAACACGGGACUGUUUGCCGAGUCUAUGCGAGAUAAGUCAGAAGGGCCCCUUGAAAUCUGGCAGAAGUAUGCCCAAAAUGUUUGUGGUAAAGCUUUGGAGUGCGGGCAUUUCAUCACUGAAGAGGAUCCGGAGGGUCUAGCUGAAGCACUGAUACCAUUUCUGCUAAAGGGGUAG